UGAAGAAACGAAAGUGAAAGCACGAAGUGAAUCCGGAGCCUCCGCCGCCUCGUCUCAGUCCGUCUUUGUGUUUGUACCUGACGGCGGGAUGGACGGGUCCGACAGUCCGCGGCCGGUGACCGUGGAGGGAGACUGGAGUCAGGUUCAGACCAAAACCCUGAAGAACAAGCUGCAGCUUUACUUCCAGAGCAAGAAGAAGUCGAGCGGAGGAGACUGCCGGGUGGAGGUGGAGGACGGAGCCCCGAGAGCCGCCGUGUUCUUCCGAUCAGAGGAAGUGAGACAGCGAGUCCUCGCGAGGGAGAACCAUGAAAUCAACGUGGAGAAUCAAACCAUCAGGUUACGGCUUCUUUCUGCUACAAGCACGACGAACAGCAACGAUGUCUCAGAUUCAUCCACAGACUCAAAGACUCAGAGGUCGGAGGUCGAACCUGGAGCUGGAGCUGCUGCAGCAAACACACAGGACUCAGAGUCCGUCCAGAGUUCUGCAGUGGUGCUGGAGAACGUGUCGGACAACAUGUGCAGGGAUCUGCUGAUGAUGCUGGUGGAGAACGUCUCAGGGUCGGACGAGAGCGGCUUCAGUCUGGAGAUCAUCUGGGAAUCCAACAGAGCCGUGGUCGCCUUCACCAAGCCGGAAGAUGCAGAGAAGUUCCUCACUGUGAGUCAGACCAGCAGCAAGAUGCAGAAACAGGGACUGACCGCUCGACCGCUGGAGGCAGCAAAGAGCGUCCGAGUGGAGAGGCUUCAUCCGACUGUGGUCAAAGACAUGUUGGAUCUGUACUUUGAGAAGAACUGGACUCUACCGGACAAAAUCAUCAUGAUCCAGAAUGAACAGGCUGCCAUUGUCACUUUCAGUGACCCUAAAGUUGUGGAAAACAUUUGCAUAAAAACAGACUACAUGAUAGGCUCCACCCCUGUCAAGAUGUAUCCAUACCACGAGUCCCUGGGCACCGCCUUGUACGGCAAAGAACGACCAACAUGGAAGAUGCCCGAUCCCGUCACUGAGGGUGUUCACCAUACCGUCUGGAAAUUCCUCCUGAUGAAGAAGCAGUUAAAAAGCAUCAACGAUCAGAUGCGUCCGUACUUCUGCAGUGUGGAUUUGGAUAAUCCUGAGGUGAAGCUCAGCCCUCUCCCAAACUUUUUGAGGCAGAAAGAUCUGACUGCAAAACAUGUAGAAAACUGGGCAGGUACCGCUCAAGAGGCCUUCCGUAAGCUGAUGUCUCACUACACCGCCUUUGAAUGUCCAGCGAAUGCACCUGCAUGGAAAGCUGCAGAGAAAGAGGUCCGUUCGGUUGUCAAGGAAGACGCUUACCUGGUGCUGGAUGCACCCAAGGGGGCUUUGAUGGUGGCUGGCCGAGCUGACCAUAUAAAACAAAUCAAAGCUCCUGUGGAAAACCUUGUUCUUAAAGCCAUGAGUCAGAUCGAACGGCAGAGAAAUGGUCUCUCUGAGGUGAUGAGUUUAUCCCCUGCAAUGUUCUACAUCCUGAAGCAGGACGGGCUGCAAAACGCUGCACUCAACAUUUCCCCUGACAUGAACCUCUCCUACGAUGAAGGUUCUCAGAAGUUAACCAUUUCAGGACUCCGUGCAGAGGUUUUCCAGGCUAAAGCAUGGAUCUUGGAGAGGAAUGUGCAUAUGAGUAAAAAACAGCUGAAUAUCCCCACAGGUCUUCUAGACUUUCUUAAGGCAGUGGAUCCCAUGGACAUGUCACAGGACCUGUUCACAUCUCAAGGGAUCAGCGCCAUCUACAGCAUUGACAACAAAGGGGUUUUACUGUUGGGGAGUUCUGACAGCAUCCUCGCUGAAGCAGAGAGUAGGAUGAAGAUGGUUUUAGAUGUGAACACUCUGGAUGUGGAAGACCAGGAAGUUCUGAAACUUCACAACUGGAUGGACCUGAACCAACAACUUCUGGAUGCCUACAACUUCUCAAAGAAGAAAACCGUGGACAUUCAGAUCCACCCAGAGAGAAGAGACAAAAUAACGGUGGCUGGCUUUAAGACUCCAGUCAAAGAGGUCAGCUCCAGCCUCAAGGAAUUCAUUGUGAACUACUCACAAGUUAAAGAAACCGUUCGUGUUGAGUCCUGUGCUGUGGUUCAGUUCGUUGAGAAGAAGAAAUCACAUGAUUGGUUCAGUAUUGCCAAAGCUAAUGGCGUGACAGUCGAUUUUGACCCAGAGCGACCAAGAUUCAUCAUCGCCGGGGCUCGUCUUCACGUUCAGAAAGCCAAGUCCUGCUUUCAGGAACUGACCAGCACUCUCUUCACUGACAACUUCAUUGUUGACAAGCCUGGAGCUAAGAAGUAUUUCCAGUCAUAUGGAAGCAUGUUCCUGUCGACAAUAAUGACAGAGUUCAGCUGUGUGGUGAUGCUUCGUCCAGAGAAUCAAGAGGAUGAGGAGGAGGAAGAGAACUACGAGGAAGAAAGUGGCCUUUGUUACUGCAAAGUGAAGACCACCAGUGGAGUUCUGGUUUCAGUUAGCAAGGCGGAUAUCUGUAGCUUCAGCGUUGACGCAGUGGUUAAUGCAGCUAACGAGGAACUACAGCACAUUGGUGGCCUGGCUUUGGCACUGCUCAAGGCUGCAGGACCACAGCUGCAGAAGAUCAGCAACGACUAUAUUUCCAAAAAUGGAAAACUACGCCCAGGUGACGCCAUCGUAACAGAUGCAUGUAACCUGCCUUGCAAGUAUGUCGUUCAUGCAGUUGGUCCACGUUUCUCUGACUCUGACAAGAAGACGUCAGUGUCACGUCUGAAGCUUGCUGUUAAAGAAAGUCUGAAACAAGCAGAGAUGGUAAACUGCUCCACCAUCGCCCUGCCCGCCAUCAGCUCAGGUGUGUUUGGUUUUCCUGUUGACCUCUGUGCUGAGACCAUAGCUCAGGCGGUGCAGGAGUACUGCGACAGUCCACGAGGUCCGGGAUCGUUGACUCAGAUUCACCUGGUGGAUAACAACAACAACACCGUCGGAGCCUUGGCCAAAGCUGUCAACCAAGAGUUCAUUGACCUGGGACCUACCAUGACAGCACCAGAGCAGGCAGGCGGGAAAGGCGCUUGGGCUUCAGGUGGACAUCAGCGGGGUCGAGGUCGAGGAGGCGGAAAAGGAGGAGGAGGAAGAGGAGGAAGAGGAAGAGGAAGAGGAGGAGGAGGAGGAAGGGGAGCUGAAUUUCAUGCGGGCCAGCAGGGUAACAGGGGAGGUCACAGCCCCAGGGGACACACCAGGCCUGAGGGACAUGGAGAACAUGGAGGACAUGGAGAACAUGGAGGGCCGGGCAGGAUGGAGCAGACCACCGCUGAGGGUCUGAAGAUUGUUCUCUGCAAAGGAAACAUUCAGGACCAGAGGACCGAUGUCAUCGUCAACACCAUCUCAGAGAACAUGAAUCUGACCCAGGGAGCUGUUUCCAAUGCGAUCCUGAAGGCAGCCGGGUCCGGUCUGCAGUUGGCUGUUCGGUCCGAAGCCGGGGUGGCCACGCUGCAGCACGGCAACGUCAUCAUCACCGACGGCUUCAAACUCACCUGUCAGAAAAUCUUUCACGCUGUUUGCCCUUUCUGGGACAACAGAGGAGGGCAGGCAGAGGAGGCGUUGAUAACCAUCGUCAGAUAUUGUCUGGAGGAGGCGGAGAAGCUUAAGAUGGCGUCCCUGUCCUUCCCGGCCAUCGGUACGGGAAACCUGAGCUUCCCCAGAGACGUGGUGUCCAGAGUCCUGCUGAGGGAGAUCCACUCCUUCAGUCGCAGAAGUAGUCCGCGCCAUCUGAGAAAGGUGGCCAUCGUCGUCCACCCCAGUGACAACCAGACUGUGGACUGUUUCACCAGGGAGUUCAAAGGUCAGACUGGUCAGAGAAACGUCCAACACGAAGCACAGAACUUUAACGAGUCACCGGUUCACAAAUCCACCGGCCAGUCACAGCAGUCCUCAGCCUCCUUCGGUAAGGUAUCGUCCCCCUCCCUCGGUGUGUACCGGAUGGAGAUGGGUCAGCUCACCCUCGAGGUGUCAUCAGGAGACAUCACCAGGGAGGCCAGUGAUGUCAUCAUCAACUCCUCCAAUUCAAACUUUACCCUGAAAUCAGGAGUGUCGAAGGCGAUCUUAGACAGCGCUGGGUCAGCGGUCCAGCUGGAGUGCUCACAGAUCGUGAGCUCUCCAGAUUACCAGUCUAGUCCAAUGAUCUUGACGUCAGCUGGAAACCUGCCCAGCAGACACAUCAUGCACAUCGUCGGCCGGAACGAUCCUGCAAAGAUCAAGGACAUGGUUUACUCUGUGCUGAAGACCUGCGAGGAAAACAAGUUCAACUCUGUCGCCUUCCCAGCCCUGGGAACAGGUCAGGGAGGGGCCAACCCGUCGGCGGUGGCAGACGCGAUGGUGGAAGCGGUGGUGGACUUUGUGAGGAAGAAGCACCCGAGGUUUGUCCGCAGCGUGAAGAUCCUGAUCUUCCAGACGAUCAUGAUGACGGAGUUCCACAAGAGCAUGAAGAGGAGACAGGGAGAGGAGGUGGAGGGGAAGAGCGUCUUCUCCAAGAUCAAAGACACCGUCACUUCCUUCUUUACGGGAUUAAUGGAGGAGCGGCCCAGCGCUGACGGCUUGGUCCUGGAGGGGGAGGAGUUUGAGUCCACAGAGUUUCAGCUGUGUGCCGACAACAAAAAGGCUGUGAGCGAGGCUAAGAAGAGGAUAGAGCAGCUGAUUGUGGCCGAGCAGGCGAAGAGAACCAUCGCCGACCCGCUCAUCAGUCACCUGUCGCAGGCCGACGUGGAGCAGCUGAGGGCCCUGCAGAGGGAGCUGACGGUUAGCAUCCGUCUGGACAAAGGGCUGGAGGACCAGGAGCCCAGCAUCCACCUGGAGGGCCUGACCAGGGACGUCUUCACCGCUGAGUCAGCAGUCAGUAACAUCAUCCGGAGGGUGGAGAGGACUGAGAACUUGAAGACCAAGGCCUUGAUGCUGAGUGCACUGGUAGAAUGGCAGUUUCAGCACUCCAGUGGGAUGAUGGUGCCCUUCGACAUGAACACCAACCUCACCCUGGAGGAGGCUCUGGAGAGAAAAGAAAAGGUGAAGAUCAAGAUCAACAAUGAAACGUACUUCGCUCACGUACUGUUUGGAAAAGCAGUUUCGGAGGAUGGGCGAAGAGAGGUGGAGCUGCUCAGAAAAGACUUGAAAGAUGACACCGCUCUGCCUGGACACUGGGACGACAUGAAAGGCGACCUCGUGAAGCUGUUUCCUCUGACGGCGGGAUCUAAGGAAUACAGUGAUGUGGAGACAGAACUUACAAAGACCGGUCUUACUCCAAACAUUAUCAGUAUUGAACGGGUUCAAAAUAAGACACUGUGGCAGAGUUACCAGCUCAUGAAGAAACAACUGGAGGUGAAGAACAAACACACCAACAAUGAAAAGCUGCUGUUUCACGGCACCGGUGCCAAUUCCAUCGAUCUCAUCAACAACCAGGGCUUCAACCGCAGCUACGCAGGAGCACACGGUGCGAUGUAUGGCAAUGGUUCCUACUUUGCAGUGGACCCUGCCUACUCGGCGGGAGGCUAUGCCAAGCCAGACAUCAGGGGGCACAAGCGCAUGUACCUCGCCAGGGUCCUGGUUGGAGACUAUACCACUGGAAGAAAUGGAAUGAUCACUCCACCCGCCAGAGGCUCUGGGAAUGCUGCAGACCUCUAUGACAGUGUUGCUGAUAACACUGCCAAGCCAGCCAUAUUUGUUAUCUUCAGUGACAUACAGGCUUACCCAGAAUACCUUAUCACGUUUACAUAAACUACCAUGAUCACACUGUGCAAAAGUUCUGAUAAGAAAUUUACUGUUUUAUCUGUUUUUAAUUCAGUCUACAAAAUCAGUUUCAUAACUUCUGUAAUGGCUGUAAAAUUGUAAAUCUUUCUAAAAGGUGAUUUAUGAAAGUUUUUGCUAUUGCUACGUAACCAAGGUUAGCAUUAACAGCUGUUUACUUACUAGUGUAGAAGAAACACAGAGUUCAGCAUCCAAUUUCAUUCUUUUACGCACCAGGAGCUGCCUCCAGUGGUGGAAAAUAAUACCAAUGUCAACUCUUAUUUUGCUUCUGUUUCUAUCAGUUCCUUUCUUCUACUGAAGUUAGCAUGCUAAACAGCUAACCCUUGCUCAUCCCAUAUUGUAAUAGCCUGCCAUUGGAUGGUAGUUUACAAAUGGUAAAUGGUGUUUUCAUUCUGAAACAUAAUAUCUGGGCUACAGCAUUAGCUUUCUGGUAUUUUUGGCCACCACUCUGUGGACGGCAGUAUCGUUCUGUUGGUCUGCCUACUUUGUUCAGACUCGAAUAUCUCCACAAAUAUUGGUUGGAUUAUUGUGUUCGGACAUUCCUGGUCCCCAGAGGAUGAAUGCUAUUAAGGCCGCUGAUCCUCUGGCUUUUCAUCUGGUGCCAUCAAAAAUUGGAUUCAUCCAACACUUAUGACCAAAUAUCUGCAAAAACUAAUGAUAUUCCCAUCAGCCUCAGCUGGACAUUGUAUUGCUAAUUAUUAAGUGCUAAUUAGCAAAUUUUACCAUGCUAACACACUAGCAACAAGCAUGGCAAACAUCAUGCUAAACAUCAGCAUGUUGGCUAUAGAUUCAUAGACUUAUUUUCAAAACAAUUUCCCAUGAUACUUGAUCGAGUGGAGACACUGUAACUACAAGUGCUGUGGCCAUGUUCCUUUAAACUUAAACUGCCUUUAAAUAAAGUUUGAAAUCUGAA